AUGCAAUAUUCAGAUGACAAUAUCGAUUUUUUGUACAACAUUAUUGUUGCAGGUGAUUCGGGAGUGGGAAAGAGCUCACUCAUCAAUCGUUUCGUAAGAAAUGAUUUCCGUUUGCAUACAAAACCAACCAUAGGAGUUGAUUUUUCAUCCAAAGAUAUUUCCUAUGAUGGAAAGCGAAUUUUAGGAAAAAUUUGGGAUACAGCUGGACAAGAACGAUUUCAAGCCAUUACUCCAUCCUUCUACAGAGGUGCUCAUGGUGCAAUGAUCGUAUUUGAUUUAUCCAAUAGAAACACAUUCGAAAAAGUGGAAGAUAAAUGGAUUUCUCAAUUAAGGAAAUAUGGUGAACCUAAUUGUAUCAUUAUUUUGGUUGGAAAUAAGAGUGAUUUGGUGGAUCAGCGACAAAUCUCUGUGGAGGAAGCUUCACAAUUUGCUCAAAAACAUGGUGCUUACUAUAUGGAGACAUCAGCAUUGAAUGCAUCCAAUGUCGAAUUAGCUUUUAGCACCUUAAUGCAAAAUAUUUAUAAUAACAAGCCAUUGCAUCCAGUCGUGGUCGAUCCAGUGAAUCCUCCUCUAACAGUCGUGCCACCUCCAGUGACGUUUGAUCCAACCAAGCCUCCUGCUACUCCUGCCACUAAUCAACCAAAUAAAUGUCAAUGCUGA